GUUUCGUGGAAGACACCAAGUUUAAUCAUGUUGGCAUCAACAAAUGUGCAUAUUAUAACCGAAUUACCUUCCGGGUGUGCCUGAAAUGAGGAAUUGUGUUGUGUUCCUUUUGUGUUUGGUCACUGUGAAGACAAAAGUGUACGCCUGUGAUGAUGAGGAGCUGUCGAGGCAUCUUUACAACGCAACACUCCAGGAAAACUGUUAUCAAAAUGCUACCUCUUGUCAGUCCACCUGCACUUCCGGUCAUGUGUUAGAAAACGGAAGUCAGACGACGAGUCACGUCUGUAACGGUACCUCAUGGAUCCCGAACACGGUUACAUGUCUGCCUGCAAGGACUCCAGUGAUGACGACAAACUUUACCAUCGUGUAUGUGACAGAGGACCAGCCAGCCGGAAACUGUCUCUACAGUUUUAACGUCAGAAUAUGGGAGAGUAUCAGCAGCUUCCGGAAUGCUAUUCGUUCGACAUGCAGAGAGCUGGAGACCGGAUCUAUUUCAAUUGAAAAUCUUCACCUUUGGCUUUUCAGGUUAAUGUUGUAUUCCACGUCAAAUUCUCAGGAGAAGGUACCGAGACAUUCCGCGUUAUCUGCAUGGAUAUGA